UGUCCAGCCCGGCUGCCUUUGCCCGUGGUGCCAGUGGGUGCCAAGAGGCAAGGUGCGGGCUGAGGGGCUCCCAGGCCAGCCCGGUCCCCGGCAGCCCCGCAGCGUGGGCUCUGCGCGUCUCCCCGCCGGUGGCCCUGUCCGAGUGGACCACAGGCUCUGGCUGUUUUCUCAUCCUGCAGGAAUUCAGCUCCGUGGGCUGGGCGGGUUUUUCUGUGUCCGCCCCCCCCCUCCCCUUCACUCUCCCUCUUUGGAGACUUUCUGCAUUCUGCCUUUGAUCUCCCCCCCCGCCCCGUGUUUGCCCAGCCGAUCGCUGGGCUCGCCGGGGUUAGAGGCUGAGGUCAGCGCCUUUCCCAUUCCAAACACCCAGAAACAUCAGUGGGAAGGGAGGGGAUUCAGAUUACAACCUUCCCGUCCUCCCCUUCCACCCCACUCGCCCCGCUCGCCGUGCCGGCGGGGAGCCGGCGAUGGACUGAGCCCCUCUUGCCGAGGGACGCCGCUGCCACCGUGUCCCCGGUGCCCCGAGAGCCGAGCGACGGCGAUGGAUGGAGGUGGCGGGCAGCAUCGCCGGUGGUCCGGCUGGCGCUGGGCGUGCUGAAGGGCAGAGGUUUGGUCCUCUCCUCCUCCUCUUUGUCCCCCCUGCCCGCCCGCCUUCUCCCUCAUCCCCUCCAUCCUGAAUGGGAUUUAUCCCAAGGCCUCGCCAGCGAGCCAGGCCGGCGGCGUGGGGCGGCCAGAUGCCUCCUCGUGGGAAUUUUGGCUGCCCGAGCCGGGGCCGGCGAGCGGGUGGGCGGCAGCGUGGUCCCCUGGGCGUCGCGCUCCUCCUGCCUUUGCUGGCGGCGGCGGUGGCCGGGCUGAGCCUGCAGCCAGGCAGGAUGCGGCACCUGGGGGUCUGCCCCAACCAGCUGAACCCCAACCUGUGGGUGGACGCCCAGAGCACCUGCGAGCGGGAGUGCCAGGCCGACCAGGACUGCGAAGGCUUUGAGAAAUGCUGCACCAACGUGUGCGGGCUGAGGAGCUGCGUGGCUGCCCGUUUCGCCGACGGCAGCCUGCCGGCGCUGGCGCUGGCACCGGCGGCCUCGUGCGAGAGCUUCGUGUGCGCGCAGCAGGGCUCCGACUGCGACAUCUGGGACGGGCAGCCCGUCUGCAAGUGCAAGGACCGCUGCGAGAAGGAGCCCAACUUCACCUGCGCCUCCGACGGCCUCACCUACUACAACAAGUGCUACAUGGACGCCGAGGCGUGCCUGCGUGGCACCCGCCUCACCACCGUCCCCUGCAAGCACAUCUUCACCUGGCCUGACACCAGCCCCGUGCCGCAGGAGACGACGGCGCGCCCCACGCCGGGAGCCGGCCCCGAGGUGCCGGUGCCCCCGGCCCUCUACAGCAACCCCUUCCACCAGUCGGUGCGCGCCGGUGGCACCGUCAGCUUCCGCUGCGACGUCAGCGGGCGCCCGCGGCCGGACAUCACCUGGGAGAAGCAGAGCGAGCGGGAGGAGAACUUCAUCAUGCGGCCGGACCAGAUGUACGGCAACGUGGUGGUCACCAACAUCGGCCAGCUGGUCAUCUACAACGCCCGCCACGAGGACGCCGGCAUCUACACCUGCACGGCCCGGAACGCCGCCGGGCUGCUCCGCGCCGACUUCCCGCUGUCGGUGGUCAGGCGGGAGCCGGGGGGGACCCCGCGGGCCGGCAGCCCCCAGCCCUUCCCCAGUGCCGAGUGCCUGAAGGAGCCGGACCGGCGGCGGUGCGAGGCCCUGGAGGUGCGCUGGCACUUCGACGCCAAGCAGGGCUCCUGCCUGACCUUCCGCUACGGGGGCUGCGGGGCCAACAGGAACCAUUUUGAGACCUACGAGGAGUGCCGGGCUGCCUGCUUGGGCAGCGCCCGCCCUACCUGCCUGCUGCCCAUGGUGCAGGGUCCCUGCCAGAACUGGGAGCCCCGCUGGGCGUACAACCACCUGCUGAAGCAGUGCCACUCCUUCGUCUACGGCGGCUGCGAGGGCAACACCAACAACUUUGAGAGCAAGGAGACCUGCGAGGACGUCUGCCCUUUCCCCAAGAGCCUGCAGUGCAAGGCUUGCCGCCUGAAGAGCAAGAUGGUGCUGAGCCUCUGCCGCAGCGACUUCGCCAUCGUGGGGCGGCUGAUGGAGAUCGUGGAGGACCAGGACUCCGGAAUUGCCCGCUUCGCCCUCGAGGACGUCCUCAAGGAUGAGAAGAUGGGCCUCAAGUUCUUCAAUAUCAAGUACCUGGAGGUGACCUUGACCGACAUGGACUGGAGCUGCCCCUGCCCUAACAUGACGGCGGAGGACGGGCCGCUCAUCAUCAUGGGCGAGGUGCACGACGGCAUGGCCACGCUGGACCCCAGCAGCUACGUCCGGGCGGCCAACGACAAGCGGGUGAAGAAAAUCUACGAGCUGAUGGAGAAGAAAACCUGUGACCUCCUGAACCGCUUCCAGGACUAGGGGAGAGCCGGGAUG